GGGUGCUUAGCUGGGCGCGGCCCAUUGGCCAGCCCCUUUGCUCGGUGGCAGUUCCAACGCGACACCUUGCAGUUUCGAGCUGCUCCAGCGGAAACACGGUCCGUUGGUGUCCCUUUUCGCCAGCUCCCACGGCCAACGAUAUCGACGAGAGGAAACGCACGACGACGACACGCGGCAAUGGCAUUGCUACGCUCAUCUCCCCUGCAAUGGCUCUGCGGCCUGCUGCUGCUUACCAGCGCCGCCAGCGCCCUCAAGUUCGAGCUGCCGUCGCACUCCGGCGCCGAGAAUCACAAGAAGGAGCGCUGCAUCCGCAACUUUGUCGGCCAGGAGACGCUCGUUGUGGUGACGGCUACGGUCGACGGCUACAAGGGCGAUGGCAUGACGGUCAACAUUCACAUUCGCGAUGCGCUGGGCAACGACUACGCCAAGGCAAAGGAUGUCGUCGGCGAGUCGAGGUCCGUCUUUACGUCUCACGCUGACGCGGCGUUUGACGUGUGCUUUGAGAACAUUCAGACCGGCACUCGCCGCCCCAACCCGUCCUGGCGCCACGUCGAGCUGGACAUUGACAUUGGCGCCGACGCCAAGGACUGGUCAGCCAUCCAGGCAACGGAGAAGCUCAAGCCCGUCGAGGCGGACCUGCGCCGGAUUGAGGAGCUUACGGCCGAGAUUGUGCGCGAGAUGGAUUACUUGCGCACGCGCGAGCAGAAGCUGCGCGACACCAACGAGAGCACCAACACGCGUGUCAAGUGGUUCGGCAUCGGCACCACUUGGCUGCUCAUCGGCCUCUGGGCCUGGCAGAUCAUGUACCUGCGCGCCUACUUCCGCUCCAAGCACCUCAUCUAAUACCCCCUCGGGGCCCCUCCACGACCCCUGCCGCCCGGCGAGAGUCAGACUUCUACAAGCGGGAGAGCUCUAAGGGGUUGUGUGUCGGCGAUGGCGACGUUUUCUGUGCCGGGUCUGCUUUACUGGGCGCGAUAGAUGACAGUGGAGGUGUAUGAAACAAGCGCAAGGUGGCAGCGCAACGGCAGAUGGCAAUCAGCAUGAGGCAUUCGGAAUAUGCUGGCGUUUGUACAUGACGAUGAACGACAGGGGCCGGGCGGACAUGUUAAGGGCUAAAACGACGAGGCGAGGGCCGGGCUGGUUUUUGGAGUACAUGUCGCAGCCCGGUUUACGGCUCCGACUUAAUACCACGAUGAUUGAUAUAAAUCUUUAAAGCAUCCGAUCUGGCGCCCGGGGCCAUGGCAACGGCCGGUACAAGUCGUGACGAUGGAUCUUAAAACGCCCUCGCUUACCUAGCU